AUGGUCAGCAGAGACACAGCAGCUGCAUGUGAAUCACACCUGCGGCGCAGCGGCACUGACAUCAUCCCGAAGGCUCGGAUGAAGACUCUGAAGAUGACAGUGGUCAUCGUUAUGUCCUUUGUGGUGUGCUGGACUCCGUAUUACCUUCUGGGUAUCUGGUACUGGUUCAAUCCCAACAUGUUGAGCAUGACACCUGAGUAUGUUCACCACGCCCUGUUCGUGUUCGGUAACCUGAACACCUGCUGCGACCCCGUCAUCUAUGGCUUCUACACACCGUCCUUCAGGGCCGAUCUAGCAGCAUGCUACCGCCAGUCCAGGAGACACACCUCCCCCCAAUCUCUGAACCGCCUGUCUGCCAGGCAGGGUCCUCAUACCAGCGAAGAGCAACCUGCAGAUCCUGCCCAGGCUGCUAUAGACUGA